GCCCAGCUCCUGUCUCCUGUCUGUCUGCAGGUUUCCGUGUCUGUUGUUCUCAGCACUCGGCUAGGCUAGAAAAGGAGGAACCUAUCCAGAAUUCCCGCAGGACAGGAAAAGGAGGGGACAUCUCAACAUGGAAAAACUCUGCAGUGUAAAUGAAGGAAUGCCUGAGAAUCAAGGAAAGAUGGAAAACAAACAGCCUCAGAAUGCUGCAAAGCCAGAAGUAGCUCAUACUUUGGAAGACAAGGAAAAGUUAGAAAAUGAGGGAAAGACAGAAGAUGAGGAAAUACUGGAGGAUAAGGAAAACCCAGAGAAGGAAGGAAAGCCAGUGAUAGACGGAAAGUCAGAGAGUCAGGGAAAACUAGACAGUGAGGGAAAGCCAAAAGAAAGAAAGCCAGUGGGUGAGGGAAAGCCAGAGAGCCAGGGAAAACCAAAAGAAGAAGGAAAACCAGAGAGUGAGGGAAAGCCAAAAGAAGAAGGAAAACCAGCCAUCGAACCCAGGGCUGCAGGGAAGCGCCCAGCUGGGGAUGAUGUACCCAGGAAAGCCAAAAGAAAAACCAACAAGGGGCUGGCUCAGUGCCUCAAGGAAUACAAGGAGGCCAUACACGAUAUGCAUUUGAGCAAUGAGGAGAUGAUCAGAGAAUUCGACGAGAUGGCUAGGGUAGAGGAUGAGGUGAAGAAAACCAGACAGAAAUUGGGGGGGUUUAUGUGGAUGCAAAAAAGUUUACAGGACCCCUUCCACCCAAGGGGCCCUAGGGAACUCAGGGGUGGCUGUAGGGCCCCACAAAGGGGCUUUGAAGACAUCCCUUUUGUGUAGUGCCCCUGGUAGACAUUUGCCAGGCCCAGGGCUUUAACCUUAUGCUAAUACUUUGUUUUAGUUGUCACUCUCGUUAUCCAACUGCAGCCCUCUAUGUUUCAGUAGCAAAUUUUCGUCCAUUGCAUGGAAUAAUGUUUAUGAUGCAUUGUAAAAUUAAAAAGAAAACAGUUUCCUGAACCAUA